GUUUCAUCUCGCUGACAGUCUGAUGUCAGCGCUCUGCUAGUCUCACAUCAGCAAUGCCAUAGGCGCGAGGCUCUCUCACUAUAUAAUUGUGCUGCAGGCUUCCACUCUCAAGCCUUCUGCCAACAGUCUUUCCUACACUACGCAUCAUCACGCAGGGGCACUUGCACCUGCACUUGCUCACUGAGACAACCUCACCUCGAACGCUUCUCCCGCCUGGCCCGUGCUCGCGCCGUCCUGCGACAGGCUUCUACACAAUGAGGGCGUAUAUCUACGAUAACCUGCCGGGCGACCAGCGCCUUCCCCACGAUUCGGGCCGGGCUGUGGAUGUGGAUGAGCUCCGCGGGCUCGGAGUCCUAUACUACCGCUUCCCCAGCCUCGAGGGCGUUGACAAGCUGGCAGCCGAGCGUGGCUACAAGAACCGCGAUGAGAUCACCGUGUCCCCCGAAAAGAUGGGUGACAUUUACGAGGACAAGGUCAAGAUGUUCUUCAACGAGCACCUGCACGAGGACGAAGAGAUCCGUUAUAUCCGCGGCGGCCAAGGUUACUUUGACGUGAGAACGAGGGACGAAGACUGGGUACGAGUCCAGCUCGAGAAGGACGACUUGUUGAUCCUCCCCGCGGGCAUCUACCAUCGCUUUACGACGGAUGAAUCUAAUUAUGUCCAUGCCAUGCGCCUGUUCAAGGAGGAUCCUAAGUGGACGCCUCUCAAUCGAUGCCCACAACUGGACGACAAUGCGGUUCGCAAGGAGUAUGUGGGCCAGUUCUUGUCAGGGUGAAGAUGGAUCGGAGCACGGUAGCGUGUGUGGGCGAGGAGACUCAGAGCUGCUGGCGGGCCACGGCGAGAAGACACCUGAGAGGUUCCACCUGCCGCCGCCUGACGGAACGCGACGCGAACGCGACCGGGCUGAGCAUAAAUAGCCCCGGUUGGGGCUUCGCGAGUUGCGUACACGACACAUGAUGGGAUCACGACUGAAGCUACAUACUUGUAUAUUUAUUGCGGGCAGAUGAUGACUCUUUGGUGUGAAGGGGCGCCGCGUCCCUGCCGACGUUGCAUGCAAGCAUAGUAGGCAUAUACCUACUAGGUAGGUACCUACGACGUAGUACAGGCACCUAACGUAGGGAGCCACGGAGCAUCUAGUAUAGAGUAUGUUGUCCGUGCCUCCUGACGUACCUUCGGUAGGUAGUCAGGUAGUAGUAGUAUCUAGUAACUAAGGUACCUAAAGCGAGAACCCCUCCAACCCCGCCAUUUAAAG